CUACUUAUGAGGAAAAAUGGCGGAGUUUACKUCUGAGCCACCAGAUGCUGCCGUGGACCAAGUUGGUUCUACAAACACGGGGAAGAACCGUGAGGAGUACAGUUUGGACCUGCUGGAGAAGGAGUUCGGCAGCGAGCUGAGGUCUGCAGAGACCGUCCGGAACCUGCUGGACCGGAUCAGAGAGGAGAACUCUGAGCUGGAGGAGCAGGUUGUAACGGUGUGCAGCUCGGUGCCUCCUAAAGUGUCCUCGUCUCUGUCUGCAGCAGAGGAGGUGCGAUGUUCCCUGGAGGAGCUGCUGCAGAGACAGAAACGUGUGUCCAACACGCUGCAGGAGCACUUGCAGGGGACCGAGCUGUGGACAGAGGGUCUUGAGGACACAUUUACUCAAGUGGACUUUAUGGAGAAAUGUCUGAAAUACCUGAAGUGUCUUCACUACGUAGGAGAACUCAGUGCUACAGUCCAGCAGUGUCUGAUGGUGAACAGUGUGGCGGAGGCUGUAAAAGAAGUGAAGACCCUGGCGGAGCUGGACUGUGGGCUGCAGCUGUCAGGAUGUGCCCACCUUCAGGACUUUGUCAGAAAAACACUUUGCUUCUGGCACAACAUCAUCAAAGAGCAGCUGAAGAGUGAUUUUGAGGCCCUCCUGACUCAGCUUCACUGGCCCAUCGUUUCCACCUCUCAGCCGUCCACGCCGGUGACCAACAGUCAGGACGUCAGCCGAAGCUUGGAGGAGGUGGUGACGCAGCUGUACGCCCUGCAGACCUCAGAUAACCUGAUAUCACAGAGAGGUCCGAGCGUCUCCUCCUCGGCCCCCCCUCAGCUGCAGGACCCUCCCCUCUGUCUGCCUGUUCAGAUCAUGCUGCWGCCGCUCAGGAAGAGGUUCAGGUACCAUUUCUGUGGGAACCGKCAGACUAACUCCUUAAACAAGCCAGAGUGGUACCUGACCCAGGUCCUGAUAUGGGUGGGCAACAGCUCAGACUUCUUGAAUGAAAAGAUUCAACCCAUCCUGGACCAGGCUGGUGCAGCAGUCAGUGCGAGGGUGGAGCUGUGUCGGGGCCUGGUGUCUCUAGUCCAGGAGAAAGUAGCGGGCGAUGCUUCUCGGCUGCUCUAUGACGAUGCGCUCUUCUGUCACCUGGUGGAGGAGGUGCUGCAGUUUGAGAAGGAGCUGAGGAGCAAACACUCGUACCCUGCUGUGCUGCCUGGGCUGCUCCACAUCCUGCUGGAGGACACGGUGCUUCAGAAGUGGCUCUCUGUGGAAAAGAAGAUGGCGGUGGAGAAGAUGGACGCCAUGCUGUCAGCUGAAGGCGCGUGGACGUCUCAGUAUAAAGACAUCAGUGACGUGGACGAGCUGAAGGCUCCAGACUGCGCCGAGACCUUCAUGACUCUGCUUCAGGUCAUCACUGAACGGUACCAGGCUUUGCCGAGUUCUUCAGCACAGCUGAAGUUUCUGGAUCUGCAGAGGGAACUGGUUGAUGACUUCCGUAUACGGCUAACACAGGUGAUGAAAGAGGAGUCUCGGUUCCCUCUGGGUGUUCGCUACUGUGCCAUCCUUAACGCUGUUAACUACAUUUCCACCAUUCUCAGAGACUGGGGCGACAACGUGUUUUUUUUACAGCUGCAGCAGGCAGCAGUUUCGCUCGGCGAGCAGGAGGUUCUGGGGGGCCUUGAAAUGAUGGAAGUGGGUCGCCUGGCUUCCCUGGAGGGGUCUCUGUUUGAUGGUCUGUUAUCCUUGCUGGAUCGGUUAAAAGCAGACAUGUUGGGCAGACUGUUGGACUUUCUUAUGAGAGACAUUGCUGAAAAAGCCAAACCAUACUGUCAUGACAGAUGGUUGUCCGCUCCGUCCCAGCAGGACCAGCUGACCAUGUCUCUGUCCAGUUCUGCCUGCCCCAUGAUGUUCUGUGUGAGGGACAGAUUGCUGAACCUUCAUCAGGCCUUGAGUCUUCCUCUGUUCCAACUGACCUGGCAGGGCUUGGCGGACAGACUCGACAACUUUCUCUACAGAGAUGUCAUUUUAUCGAAUCACUUCAGUGACGGCGGAGCAGCGCAGCUCCAGUUCGACAUGAGCAGAAACCUGUUUCCUCUGUUCGGCCACUACUGCAGACGACCUGAGAACUUCUUCAAGCA